CUCGAAAAUCUUCAGUAAUAUCUUCACGUACAGUCUUCGCACCCCUAACGAUUUUCCUAUCGAGGCUAGAAAAAUAAUUGCUAAUAAAAACAUUAAAAACGGCGUUAUUAUGAUGGAGAACGACACAGACACGACAGUCCAAAGUAACGCCAUAUUGGCGAUAAUGGCUUUACGUCCAACCUCCAGACAACAACGCAACGCAAUGACAACAACUGGCUGGCAGCGCUUCUGGGGAGAUCGUGUUCGAUAGAUUGGACGGCUUGUAGUGCGCUCUGCCGGAGCAAAAUUCAAUCAAGAAUUUGUGGAAAGAUAUAUCACUUGUAAAGCUUGUAAAGUUGCCGACACUACCAAUUUUGUACUUCUUUUGUUUCACGGGCUGCAUAUUCCAUACUCUCUGGUUUAUUCCCAGUUCGUGUUUAUUCUUUACUCCCCACCAUAAGUUACCGCUACUGACCAAGGGAAAUCUGCGAAAUCUUUCUGGAGCUGAUUCUCUUUCCCAGGGUUCUUUAACCGAAGGCAGAAGCAUCAAUUAAUUAAUUUAUAGCAAAAUGGCUGAUGCACCAGCUCCUGUUCGAGUUUCACCCCUGAUUAAGUUUGGACGAUGGAGUUUUCUGGUAGUAGGAGUUUUAUACGGUGCUUCCCAUCGCCGUUCAUUAGCGAAGAAAGAAGAAAAAGUCCGUGAAAUCGAAGAAAAGCAGCGUGUUGUUCGUGAAGCGAAACUCGCAGAAGAGAAAUCAAGACUAGCAAAACAGGAAUUGGUUGAUUUGGCAAAAAUGGCAGGUGUUCCCCCAGAAGCAUAAGUGAAUUCUUCAAAUAUCUAUUAUUGUAUAGCUAUGUUAUGUAAUAAAUUGUAUUAAAAUUAUCUGUAGUUCAUGAAGUGUUUUUUAUUUGUGCGUAUUCUAUCCAAUGUUGUGUGAUUUACAAUAGUAGAGGUGAAUGUUUGACCUGUGAUGCUUUUCCUCAAAUUUGUAUUGGGCAUUAAGUACAAUUAAUCGAGACACUUGUACUGUUUAUAGAUCUCCAGUGACAUAAAAAAAUUAAUCCUUAUUCUGAUCUGGAAAAAAUCUUGCCUAAGAUAUUGCUUGGCACAGUUAAUUAAAAACCAAUAUUGUGAUAAUUCAUUGGGUUAACAUUAGGCCAAUAUUUCAUUGAGUAUUUAAUAUAAAAAUAUAUAUUUAGUUGAGAUGUCUAGCUCCUGAGAGUAAUACAACUCUCGUGGCGAAACUAAUUUAUAAUAGUGGCAUGGGCAAUUUACUAGUCGCUAUAGCUUCGCCAAAUAGUGACGAGGUUUAGUGUCAAAGCAUUUAAACAGAAGAUGAAAGUGAAUGUUUCCGUAUUGGCACACACAUGCAUUUCGAAUUAAACUAUAAAUAUUUUUUAACGCGCUAGAAACGUGAAUAUUAGUAUUGAAACGUUUAUGUAGAAUUAUUUAUUUAUAUAGACCAAUAUUUUUCUCAAGAAAUGAACAUAAGACAUUGGCUUGUUGGUAUCAAUGACAUUUUGGCAUGUUGGAGGUGUGAGUAAUACGUAAUACACGAAAAGGAAAGUGGAGUCCGGUGUUGUCGAUGAACAACUAACGUCAAUGGUUGAUAUGUUAAAAUUGUGUAUUGACUAGUUGCGAUACUCUGUGAACUCUCCAAUCAUGUAUUGUUUACAAUGGCUUAUUCCAGUAUUGUUAAUUCCAAAGCCUGUUAACCCAGCGCUUAUUCACACGCACGUUAUGUUCAUGGUCCUUUAUUUAAUAGGUUUCUUCCUGGAAAGGAAGCCGUGUACAAUAUGUAGUCUGGUGUUUAUUGCUGCGGUAUUCCUUAUAUGUUACAGUGGUAUUGGAAACUGCUUGUUUUGGAGUAGUAAUUGUGAUACAGUGCGCUGUGAAAGCAGUUGAAAAUGGUGGCGAUGACUACGUUGUGGAUUUUAUUCAGUGAAUGGCCUAUAUUAGAAACCGAAUAUCAACGCUUUAUAUCCAUUGUGAACAUGUGACAUCAAGAGCUCCGCUUCUGGAUGUUUCAGAGUUCCAAGGCUGAAUAUUUUUUCUGUGUAUCAUUGUGAUUGUGCUAUUUAAGCACAUUGACUGAAUCAUACCACUUAGCAGUUAUCUCCAUGAUGAAUUUCAUUUAUAAUGUACUAAGCACAGUCUUGCAUGAAAUGAGCAAUACUAGUCCUGAAAUCUCCAGGAAAAUUUCUUCAUUACCAGCUGUCAUAAUUUGUAUUGUACAUAGGAAAGCUGGAUGGAAAUUACAAGUGCCCAUAUGUGAUAUGAACUUUUUGCAAUUUUGUUAUAUGUGAAAAUAAUGAAAGUCAUAUUCUACUGUUAAUAAUGGUAUUCAGUAUCUCAUUCAGUGGCAUCCACAUCAGCUAACAUUUUAGUGUAAAAAUAACAGUAGUCUUCAAUUGCCAUAAGUGACAAAUGUGUUGUAAAAUAACCAAAGACAAACCUGAGUUUUUAAAUAUUUAAUUGUUACUACUUGCAUUGCCAUGAUGCAUGUGAAAAUGGAAAUGGUAAAUACAGUUUAUAGACUCGUGUUAGCACAUUGAGUGGUGCAGAGAGGUGUGAAAUAUCAGUAUUGAAUGUGAGGUAGCUUGAAUGCUAUGUAUACAAAAUGACUCCUAUUCCUAUGAAGAGCAGUUCAAUUUAUAGCCUAAAUGUUAUUUGUGUAUGUUUGAUACAGUGUCUUGAAGAGUGUAAAAGUAGUUUUGUGGUUCACAAUUUUUCUACAAACUUGCUAGUGGGGGAAAUGAAAUGUAAAUUGUUAUUAAAAGUUUACCAUUAAUUGCCAAACUUAUUUCAAUGCAAUUCCUAUUGUCCUUCAGGGCCAGAUUUUUCACAUACCUUCAAAACUGGUGUAAAUUGAUAGUUUGUCACAAAAUUAGUAAUUCAUGUGCGGAAAAAAUCCUAGGAGUCAAGUAAUUUGAGUCUAAACGCGAAAAUAACUAUUCUUGAAAAGCAAAGACCUUGGUUCAAAAUUUAUUAUGAAACAAAAUUUUCUACCUUUUGCAAGAAGUUAAUUCUUGGAGAGGUUCAUGACAUUCAAUUUUAAAUUUAUCUACCAUGUUACUACUUAUGUUGUAAUCACAAGGUAUAACUUUUCUGAAUUUUAUAUUUUGAAAGAUAAGAUUGAGAUUUAAAUUUUGAAGUUCCCUAGAUCAGAGAAUGUCGGUAGUCUGACAAAUAACUUUAGUUCAUUAUUGAAUUUAUUUUUAACCUUGUUGCAAGGUAUAUCAAAAAUGAAUAACGUAAGGAUUAUAGCAUUAACCGGCAGUUACUACCCAUACUUCAGAAAAAAACAUUUCUAUAUACUACCAUCAUAACAUUGCCUACUCACAGGACAGUUUAACAGCCAACUGUUUCUUACCAGCUCUGUGAUUAAUAUGUGGUGGUGGUGCACCAUAGUCUGCUAGUUUCUCACAAGUUACCCAACAUUUUUACAAUUUAAUCUAUUCAAUCCUGCCAUGCAGUAUGUUAAAUGAGUACAAUGGCAACUUGCAGUGUUCGAAGUGAAAGCUUUAAAUUAAACUUUGCAACAGCAGUUUAGCAUCUACAUGCAAAUCAAUAACUCUUAACAUGAAAAAAAAUGAGCCAACAUUUGUAUGAAACAAGUUAGGUAUUGUUAAACCUACACGUGAAUAGAAUAGUUACCUACACAUAGAAUAGAAUAGUUUUUUG